GCUCAGACGCGUCGCUUUAUUUCCCCUGGUCGCGUCCUGCUUCGUCCUUGACCGAUCAAUUCGUGCUGCCUCUAUCGGACUAUCCUCCUCCACCAAAUACGGCAACGGGUGCCCUACGCUCCUUUGCGAAAAGAUAUUCAACCAGAGUGGCCCAUCAUGGCUUCGCUGGAAUCACCCUCCGCUACGUCCAUGACAAUGUCUCCCCCGGGCACACCCUCGCGGGAUGGCUCUGCUUCGCCCAUUCUCACGCCUAAAUCAAGAGUCGAGGCAAUGCUAGCAGCCAUGGGUGAGGAGAGCGAUGGGGAUGACGAUGCCGUAGAUGAUGACGACGAUGAUGGCGAGAUUGAGUUGGACUACAAACCAAAAGGCAAACUUGCGAGUCGAAUGAUGCCGCGUACAUCCGACACAAAGCCUACCAACCCCGCCAAGGCCCCCUUGGCUACCGAAGACAACACCACCGCAGGCAACGAUGGCGCAUAUGAGCGUGUGAAGCGGAGUUUAUUGGCGGGUGGCGGGACGGCCUCCAAGAACUUGAUUUCCAAUGGGGAAUUGGGUAACGACGGGGGCAGGCCAUCCUCCUCUUCGAGCCCUCCUGCACAGACAGAGGAUGACGAUGACGAUCUCCCUGUUCCUACACCAAGGCGUAAACGCGCCCAAAAGGCACCUCCGAAGGCAUCUCCGAAGGCCACUCCUACACCAUCCACAGAAUCCCCCAAGCAAAAGGGCCCAUCACGGUCCAAAAGCACUACUCCUGUAUCAGCUAGCGAAGAUGAAGGGGGGGAUGGGGAAAAUAUCCGUGAUUUGCUUGAAGCGGAUCCAAAGAGGAAUGCCAGGCUCUUGGAAUUGGUUGAGAAGAAACGCAGGGAGCGGCAAGCAGCUGAGGCCGAGAAGCAGAGACUAGAGGAAGAAAGGAGGAUAAGGAGGAAACAGCUUGAUGCUCAAUUGGGAUGUGGAUCUGGGGACGAUAAUGAAGGAGAAGAAGACGAUGAUGAUCUGGGGGUUUUGUCGCAAAAACCUCCGAGGCGGAGGUCCGGGAAGAAGGCAUUGGAAGAGAUGCAUCGGGAGUCUCAGAGGAUGGCUAGAAAUAUGCAUCUCGAGCAUCAAGCACGGACAAAGAAAACAAUUACCAAACAGAGCCUCUUCGAGAAGUUUGGCUUCAGGACUCCUGCGGGAAAGCAGAAUGGAAACGGGAAGGACCAAGUGACUGUUGACUCAAGGUAUGGAUUACCCUUCUCAUUUAUUUCAGACCUACUAAUAUCUAGCUUUAGUUCGAUUGUUACCGGAUCCGAGACCGAACCUGUAGACCAAUCCAGCCCCGAUUCCUCUCCGUUGCCGGAGGUGGGUGAGAAGUCAGGGAAAGGGAAAGGGAAAGCUCGGGCUACGUUUGAAGGGUCUGGUGAGCAGGGAACACCACGCCCCGCACUCGCACUUGAUAAAGGGAAGGGGAAAGCAAUCGUGAUACCACCGAAAAAGGCCAAACUAGUUCUACCGCCUGUCAGGGUUAUUCUCCCAAACAAUAUUGCCGGUAAUAUUUCGGAUUCAGAUUCGGAGCUUGAAAUUGUAAAGCCGGGGGAUGAAGAGAGAAUUGCCAAUGCCGAGCGUAAGAAAAUGGUUGAUCAACUGCGUCGGGUGAGGCGGGCGAAGCCACCCGUUGAGGUCCACGGGAAACCUAGACUAUCCGCUCGUGAGCUUGAAGCGGAACUGUGGAAAAGGAGUAGGCAGCAAGCAGUGCAAGAACGAGAAGAGCGAAUCGAGGAGUUAAGGGCAAAAGGUGUGAUUAUUCUCACUGCCGAAGAGAAAGCCAAAACCGAACAGCAAGCUGUUGAUUAUAUGGAGAAGGCACGCAAGGAGGCCUUGGCCAUUAAGAGGAGAGAGAAGGAGGAAGAAAAAGAUGGUGUCAAGAAAGAGGGUCCCGCUAUAGAUGACAUGGACUCCGACGAAGGGAAUGAUGAUGGCGACUGGCUCGAAGAGGAAGAUAUCAUGGAAAUAAUAUCCGGCUCUGAGGAGGAGGAAGCUGGUAGGGAGGAUGAAGGGGCCGUUAAACCCACCGACUUCUCUGAUGAGGAUGAGAACGAACUUGUGGAUUGCCCGGGAAGCCCAGCAUUCACCUCACUGUAUCCUCAAGAUAAUGAUCUAAUGUCACCAACUCCCCGAUUAUCCGAGAUGCCAGCCGCUUAUAUUGAUGAAGAGGCGGGCGAGGAUUCGGACGAGAGUAAUGGUGAUUUCGCACCUUUCAAGACUCUCAAGAGAAAAGCUAUACGAAAGAAGAUAUCGCGCAUUGUGGAAGAAGACGAAGACGAAGAUGGUGAGAAUGAAGACAAUGCGAUUGGGUCUGAAAAGGAGAAGAUUGCAGAGUCCAAGAUUCCCUCUAUUUUUCGCAACAAAAUUGCCCAGCCUCCUCCUGUGGGCAUGACACAGCUUUUUAAUGGGCUAAGUGGGCUUCCCCCAAGUGCAGGAGUCAGUGCGAGUCCGGAAAAAGUCAGGGAGAGGGUGGAAGCACUAAGACAGGAUCCCGGAGAAGGGAUUCCAAAUUCACAGGGUCCCUUGGAUUUCGGGGACGACAUACUGGAUUUGGGGCUCCUCAAGAAAAGUGACGACAAAGAUUCAGAGCCGAUUGACGGACCCUCCCUCCCAACAUUGGACCUAUACUACGAGCCAUCUACACAAAUGUCGAGUUUUCCCGAUCCUACACAAGAUGACGGAUUUGUCAAGUCUUCGAGUCCGGCACCUCCGAGAUUUGAUGAGGAUGAACCAUCAUCAACUAUGCAAGUGCUUGACUCACAGCCUCCCAGGAGGAAGAGAGGGAGGCUCGUGAAAAAAGGCAUGGAUCUUGCCAUUGUAACUGAGGGAGAUGAAAACGGAAGCGGGGGCGACGGCGAAAGAAAAUCAAAAGAGGUUGGGGAGAGGAAAGAGACCGCUUUUGAUGUCAUGAGAAAGGCUAUGAAGAGGGAGAAGGCGGCUGAAAAAUUUGAUAAAACAAAGAGUGGAGCGAAGGAGAUGGUACAUGAACAGGCCGAAGAGUCUGAUGACGAAUAUGCAGGUAUUGGGGGUGCCAGUGAUGAUGAGGGGGGAGACGGGCAUGAUAGUGACGUCGAGGUAAUGAUAGAUGAUGAUGGAAUGGAGGUUGUCGAUCAAGAUGAUAUCGCAGCCUUCUGGGCUGAGAGGGACAAAGCUCAGGAUGAGAAGGAUGUCAACAAGCUGUUCAAAGACCUUCAGACAGGAUUGUUCCGAAAGAAGCGUGGUGCCGAUUUCGACCUCGACGACUCGGAUGAUGAUGACGAUGAAGCAAGGAGAAGGGCCAAGAGACGGCAGUUGGCCAAAUUAAGGAAGGCAUUAAUGGCUGAUAGCAAUAUCGAGAAACUUGCAACAAGUCCUAAGAAGCUAGCUUUCUUGAGUGCAAUUGAAGACAGAGACCGCGACGACGAAAUGGACUUUCUUGAUAAGGGCGAGGAAGAUCUGUUCAUUGAUUUGGGUCUUCUUGAAGACAGCCAAAGCCAGAAUCCAAGCCAGAGCCACGAUCCACGAGAAGUACCAGCAGUCGCAGAAGCAAGAGCUCCUCACGGAGAGACCCCUGGAUUACAACACGGUGCUGGGGAGAGUAACGGGAUACCCAUCAUCCCUAAUCCCCGUAGAACCACCAGACCCAAGAAACCAUCCCUCGCGGAUGUCAGAGAGGUUAGUUGAAACCUUUCACCCAUUACAAAAUCCACCGAGUGAUGUGCUAUGACUAACUUGAUUCCCCUUUUCGCCCACAGACUUUAUCCUUCCUCAUUGAAGAAAACGAGAGUGGAAUGGUCGAACAUUCAGAUUCCGAGGGCGAGCCAACAGAGGCACCCAUACACAAACGCCGCAGAACAGCAGCGACAGUGGUUAUAGACCGUGUCGCCGCCUCAAGAUCCAGCACCGCCAUGAGUGAGAGCGCGAAAAUGGCUUUCCAGUCAGCCACCGAAACUCAGUUCCGAGUUCCAAGUCUGCUGCGCAGAGCCACGACAAGCAUGUCUUCUGCCAGCGGUGAUUCCCAAGGGUCUUCCUCCGGUGCCUCCACCACUACCGCCGGUAGUGGGAAAUCUAUGGAGAGCGCAGCAGGGAUCAAGAGAGGCGGGAAGGCGUCUAGCUCUAUUAAUUUUCAUCAGAGGGAGCAGGUUAGGGCCAAGGUUGAGAAUGAACGCGAGUUGAGGAGGAAGCAGGAAAGGAAGAAGCAGGGCCAGGAGAGGCAGGAUGUAUUGGGGAUGCUGACGAAGGGGAGUUUUACUUGACCUUGCUUUCUGUCUGUCCGUCCAGCUGUAUUUUCGAUUCUUUGUUUAUUAUUCCUGCAUUGGUGCUCUGUUUCACGAGGAAGGGAUGGGGGGUUUCCGGCGCUUCGCUGUUUGUAUUAUAUCAGACUUCAAUAUCCUGCGGGUGUCAUUUCUUUAGAUAUAUAUAUAUUGUACAAUGUAUGAAAUAAGGUGCACCAUGUUGAUGCUCCGGUGUCUGUCUAUCCCCAUCUACCGUAAAAGAAUACAUUCGUCACGCAGCCGACCCCA